AGGUCAACAGUAACCACCUAAGCAUGUGGCGAAAUCGCUUUCGUCUCCUCUCUCCUACUAGGAAAUAUUGCUGUCAAUUUUCUCGGAAUAUUGUCACCGCAGAACAAGUGAGAACAUUUCAGGACCAAGGUGUUAUCUGCAUUCGAGGUGUUUUCGGAGAAUGGAUCAAAAGGUUGACGAAAGGCAUUGAGAGGAACUUGGCGAAUCCUGGAAAAUUAAGCGAGUGGCUCAAAAGUGAAAACUCAGAGACGUACUAUUUUAAUGAUUUAUUGAACUGGCAACAAAUUCCAGAGUUUAAGGAGUUUGUGUUUGAAUCACCAGCCGCAGAAAUAGCGGGAAAGUUAAUGGAUGCACAGUUCACUGUAUUUUAUCAUGAGCAUGUUUUCACAAAAGAUCCCGGAACAACUUCCACCACUCCAUGGCAUCAUGACCAGUCUUAUUACCCAGUGGAUGGGUGGAAGAACUGUUCUUUUUGGAUUCCCGUUACUCCUGUAUCAAAAUCAUCAAAUUUGACUUACAUUGGUGGAUCCCACAAGUGGGGAAAAUGGUUUAAACCUAAGAAGUUUGCAUCCUUACAGAAUUACAAAUACACAAAGACAUAUAAUGAAAAGGUUUUUGAAGACAUCCCUGAUAUUGACAGCCAUCCAGAUGCAUACAAUUUGCUUUCCUGGGACCUUAAGCCUGGAGAUUGCUUAGCAUUCCACUUUCGAAUCUUACAUGGUGCAAAGCAGAGCACAGACCCAGAUGGAAGGAAAGUGGUUGCCAUGCGCUGGCUAGGAGAAGAUGCAACAUUUGCAGAAAGACCAUGGGAACCUGCACCCAAUUACAGUGGAGGAUUAAAACCAGGCGAUCACUUUUAUAAAAGUGAAUCUUUUCCAGUUGUUUGGAGAUCAGAAAAAGCAAAUUUAGUUACUUAACAAAAACUUUCAUGGUUGUCUGGGGGUCCUGAUUGAACAAUGUUGAUGACAGAAAACAUCCUGGGCAGUCAACUCUUUGACCCUUGCGUGACUAGCAUCUGAUUUGUCUCUUCCAUAUCACCUCUGUAUCACACAUUAACCCUUUAACCCUUAAGAGUGAUUAGCAACUAAUUUCUCUCAUCAGUAUCACCCCUAAAACAAACUUUAGGGUCAUG